UGUGACGUGCCGUCCACAAAUUGUCCUUCUCUAGGUUCUAAGUUCUACCCUUGAAUAAAAUAUCAACCCUCUUCUCUCUUCUCCAACAUCACACAGAAAAAUGGAGAAGAAAAGCAUGGCUAGGAGAGCACAUUGUCUUGUGUUACCAUAUCCACUUCAAGGACACAUCAAUCCCAUGCUUCAAUUCUCCAAGCUAUUGGAACAUCAAGGGGUGAGAAUAACACUUGUUACAACUCGUUUCUUCUAUAAUAACUUGCAAAAAGUGCCACCUUCUAUUGUACUUGAAACAAUCUCUGAUGGUUUUGACCUAGGGGGGCCUAAAGAGGCUGGAGGGUCCAAGGCAUAUUUAGAUCGCUUUUGGCAAGUUGGGCCAGAAACAUUUGCUGAGCUUCUUGAGAAACUUGGUAAAUCAAAUGACCAUGUUGAUUGUGUUGUUUAUGAUGCAUUCUUACCUUGGGCACUAGAUGUGGCUAAGAGAUUUGGGAUAGUUGGUGCUGCUUAUCUCACUCAAAAUAUGACUGUGAAUAGUAUAUAUUAUCAUGUCCAAUUGGGAAAGCUUCAAGCUCCACUCAUAGAACAUGAUAUUUCCCUUCCUGCUUUGCCCAAGCUUCAUCUUAAGGACAUGCCUACUUUCUUCUUUGAUGAAGAUCCUUCUUUGCUUGAUUUUGUUGUGGCUCAGUUCUCCAAUAUCGACAAAGCCGAUUGGAUCCUAUGCAACACGUUCAAUGAGCUAGAUAAAGAGAUAGUAGAUUGGUUUGUGAAGAUUUGGCCAAAAUUUAAGACCAUAGGACCAAAUGUGCCAUCUUUCUUCUUAGAUAAGCAAUGCGAAGAUGACCAAGAUUAUGGGGUUACACAAUUCAAGAGUGAAGAAUGCGUGGAAUGGCUAGAUGAUAAGCCAAAAGGGUCUGUUGUUUAUGUAUCGUUUGGGAGUAUGGCUACCAUGAGUGAGGAACAAAUGGAAGAAGUAGCUUGUUGUUUGAGAGAGUGCUCGAGCUAUUUCUUGUGGGUGGUCAGAGCUUCUGAAGAAAUUAAACUCCCUAAAGAUUUUGAGAAAAUAACAGAAAAGGGUUUGGUAGUGACAUGGUGCUCCCAAUUAAAAGUUCUUGCUCACGAGGCUGUGGGUUGUUUUGUGACACAUUGUGGUUGGAAUUCCAUAUUAGAAACCUUGUGCUUAGGAGUCCCCACAAUUGCAAUACCAUGUUGGUCAGAUCAGAGAACAAACGCAAAGCUUAUUGCCGAUGUUUGGAAAAUAGGUAUUCGAACUCCAGUUGAUGAGAAAAAUAUUGUGCGGCGAGAAGCUCUAAAACAUUGUAUAAAAGAGAUAAUGGAUAGAGACAAAGAGAUGAAAACCAAUGCCAUUCAGUGGAAAACUUUAGCUGUAAGAGCUACCGCUGAAGGUGGAAGUUCUUAUGAAAAUAUUAUAGAAUUUACGAAUCAUUUGUUACAUUGAUAAGCUUGAUCAUGUUCUAAAUUAGAAAUUCAAUAGUGAUGGUCUAAUUGUCACUUACAUUUAAAAAUAUUUAUUUCAUGUUGGCGUAGUGAACAAUCUACCGCUAUUUUGGCAUUUUGUCGUAGCGAGAAAUAAAUUCAAGUUCUAUGUUAAGGUAAAUAGAGACAAAAUAAUACCCUAAUUUAUGUCAUGUCUUAUUUCUUAUUUAA